AGCACAUUGCCAGAGAGUAGCACACAUUGCUCAGGAGAGACAGAGAUCGGAAGCAUUAUCUUCCACAAGACUUUGUUUUUUUUCUGUUGACUUAAUUCAUCUUAUUUAUUACACAAUGCCAGCAGGACAAGCGAUGGAGGAGGCUGAGACUUUCGCCUUCCAGGCGGAAAUCGCCCAGUUGAUGUCUCUGAUCAUCAACACAUUCUACUCGAACAAGGAGAUCUUCCUCCGAGAGCUUAUCUCCAACUCUUCAGACGCCCUGGACAAGAUCAGAUAUGAGAGCCUGACAGACCCUAGCAGACUGGAGUCCUGCAAGGACCUCAAGAUUGACCUCAAACCAGACGCGCUCACACGCACGCUGACCAUCACAGACACAGGCAUCGGCAUGACCAAGGCAGACCUCAUCAACAACCUGGGUACUAUUGCCAAGUCUGGCACCAAGGCCUUCAUGGAGGCCCUGCAGGCUGGAGCCGACAUCUCCAUGAUCGGGCAGUUUGGCGUGGGUUUCUACUCCGCCUACCUGGUGGCCGAGAAAGUCACUGUCAUCACCAAGCACAAUGAUGACGAGCAGUAUAUCUGGGAGUCUUCAGCCGGUGGAUCCUUCACAGUCAAGCCAGAUACUGGUGAAUCCAUUGGUCGUGGAACAAAAGUCAUUCUCCUGUUGAAGGAGGACCAGACAGAGUACGUGGAGGACAAGCGCAUCAAGGAGGUUGUGAAGAAACACUCUCAGUUCAUCGGCUACCCCAUCACUCUCUACUGUGAGAAAACAAGGGAGAAGGAGGUUGACCUUGAUGACGGUUCAAAGAUCGAAGAGAUUGACCCAGAGGCGGAGAAAGACAAGCCUCAGAUUGAGGAUCUGGGAGCCGAUGAAGACGAAGAUAAAAAAGAGAACAAGAGGGUGAAGAAGGUGAAGGAGAAGUACAUGGACAUCACUGAGCUGAACAAGACCAAGCCCAUCUGGACUCGUAACCCGGACGACAUCACCAACGAUGAGUACGGAGAGUUCUACAAAAGCCUCACCAACGACUGGGAGGACCACCUGGCCGUCAAGCACUUCUCUGUGGAGGGUCAGCUGGAGUUCAGAGCCCUGCUCUUCUGUCCCAGGAGAACCCCCUUUGACCUGUUUGAGACCAGGAAGAGGCGAAACAACAUCAAGCUCUACGUGCGUAGGGUCUUCAUCAUGGACAACUGCGAGGAGCUCAUCCCAGAGUGGCUGAACUUCAUGCGUGGUGUGGUGGACUCCGAGGAUCUGCCCCUCAACAUCUCCAGAGAGAUGCUGCAGCAGAGCAAGAUCCUGAAGGUCAUCCGCAAGAACCUGGUCAAGAAGUGCCUGGAGCUCUUUGCUGAGAUUGCGGACGACAAGGACAACUACAAGAAGUUCUACGAGCAGUUCUCCAAGAACAUCAAGCUGGGCAUCCACGAGGACGCACAGAACCGCAAGAAGCUCUCAGACCUCCUGCGCUACUACACCUCCACCUCCCCGGACGAGAUGAUCUCCCUUCAGGACUACGUGUCCCGCAUGAAGGACAACCAGAAGCACAUCUACUACAUUACUGGCGAGACAAAGGAGCAGGUGGCCAACUCUGCCUUCGUGGAGCGUCUGCGCAAGGCCGGCCUGGAGGUGAUCUACAUGAUCGAGCCCAUUGACGAGUACGGCGUGCAGCAGCUGAAGGAGUACGAUGGCAAGAACCUGGUGUCCGUCACCAAGGAGGGCCUGGAGCUUCCGGAGGACGAGGAGGAGCUGAAGAAACAGGAGGAGCUGAAGGUCAAGUUCGAGAACCUGUGCAAGAUCAUGAAGGACAUCCUGGACAAGAAAGUGGAGAAGGUGACAGUGUCCAACCGGCUGGUGUCCUCCCCCUGCUGCAUCGUGACUAGCACCUACGGCUGGACGGCCAACAUGGAGCGCAUCAUGAAGUCCCAGGCCCUGAGAGACAACUCCACCAUGGGCUACAUGACCGCCAAGAAGCACCUGGAGAUCAACCCCUCGCACUCCAUCGUCGAGACCCUCAGAGUAAAGGCCGAGGCCGACAAGAAUGACAAAGCCGUGAAGGACCUGGUGAUCCUGCUGUUUGAGACCUCCCUGCUGUCCUCAGGCUUCACCUUGGAGGACCCCCAGACCCACGCCAACCGCAUCUACAGGAUGAUCAAGCUGGGUCUGGGCAUCGAAGAUGACGGCUCAGCUGACGAUGACCUUCCUCUGCCCGGAGAGGAAGACAUGCCUUGCCUUGAGGAUGACGAUGAGGACACAUCAAGGAUGGAGGAAGUCGAUUAAAUAGACUGCUGAGCGCCAUACUAUUUCAUUUUGAAUUGUUUUGUCAUGCUAUUUCAUUUUGAAUUAGUUUUUUUUCUUCUCUUUUUUAGUAAAAUUGUCCAAUUUGUGAUAAGAUGUCUGAGUAAUACUUGCCAAAUAUUGAAAUGUCUUCAGAAGACACUUUGUUCUUCUGACAUGACUAAUUUCUGCAAUAUUUCAGAUCUCUUUUUUUGUUUCUUAUGAAAAAAUAUUUUUCUAUCGUCUUAAUUUUUAAUAAAACAAAUAAAUUAAAA